AUGUCGCGCCGCGCAGCGUGUCCUGAGAAGCGCCAGCGGGCGUUAGGGGCGGACGCCAUGGCCACAAGCUUCCGGGCAAGCGAGCAUCAGCAUAUCCGCUACAACCCGCUGCAAGAUGAGUGGGUGCUGGUGUCAGCGCACCGCAUGAAGCGUCCCUGGCAGGGGCAGGUCGAGCCCCCGCCUCUGACGACAGUACCCCGACAUGACCCCCACAAUCCUCUCUGUCCGGGGGCCACACGGGCCAAUGGAGAGGUGAAUCCUGACUAUGAAGGCAUCUUCCUGUUUGACAAUGACUUCCCAGCUCUGCGGCCGGAUGCCCCUAGUCCAGGACCCAGUGAUCACCCCCUUUUCCAAGCAGAGGCUGCUCGAGGAGUUUGUAAGGUCAUGUGCUUCCACCCCUGGUCGGAUGUGACACUGCCACUCAUGUCAGUCCCCGAGAUCCGAGCUGUCGUUGAUGCGUGGGCCUCAGUCACAGAGGAACUGGGUGCCCAGUACCCUUGGGUGCAGAUCUUUGAAAACAAAGGAGCCAUGAUGGGCUGUUCUAACCCCCAUCCCCACUGCCAGGUGUGGGCCAGCAGCUUCCUACCAGAUGUUGCCCAGCGUGAGGAGCGAUGUCAGCGGGCCUAUCAGAAUCAGCAUGGAGAACCCCUGCUCAUGGAGUACGGCCGCCAGGAGCUGCUCAGGAAGGAACGUCUGGUCCUAACUAGUGAGCACUGGUUAGUUCUGGUCCCCUUCUGGGCAGUGUGGCCCUUCCAGACACUACUGCUGCCCCGCCGGCAUGUGCGGCGGCUGCCCGAACUGACCCCCGCUGAGCGUGACGAUCUAUCCUCCAUCAUGAAGAAGCUCUUGACCAAGUAUGACAACCUAUUUGAGACAUCCUUCCCCUACUCCAUGGGCUGGCACGGGGCUCCCACAGGAUCAGAGGCUGGAGCCAGCUGCGACCACUGGCAGCUACAUGCUCAUUAUUACCCUCCACUCCUGCGCUCUGCUACAGUCCGGAAGUUCAUGGUUGGCUAUGAAAUGCUUGCCCAGGCCCAGAGGGACCUCACCCCGGAGCAGGCUGCAGAGAGACUAAGGGCACUUCCUGAGGUUCAUUACCGCCUGGGGCAGAAGGACAGGGAGACAGCAGCCAUCGCCUGA